AUGCUACGACUCCAUGGCAUCAAAGCUCGCAUGGUGGGGUCGCGAAAAGAUAGACUUAUGCCAGAUAAUGACCACGAGGGCUGGCGUGGCUUGAGAAUUGACCAGAUCGAGGGAAAGGCUCGAAAAUCCGUGGAAGUCUUGUCCCCAAAUGUCUUCCUGGUUAACGCUGGCUCCAAUGAUUGUCUCCAGGCCUUCAAUAUUCCGGAGGCUGGUAACCGCAUGGGUGGUAUGCUCGAUUAUCUGUGGCUGGCUUCCUCUCAGUCUACCAUCCUCCUUUCUACGUUGCUUCCCAAUGCGGACAAAGAGGUGAACUCGAGGGUGAUCCGCCUCAACGACCAGUUCCGUGCUCUAGCCCACCAGAAGGGGACUGAACAGAGAAAGAUCGUUCUGGUGGACAUGGCCACAUCAGAUGGACCGGACGUUGAGGGAUUUGCCGAUGGAAUACACCCCAAUGACGAGGGGUACCACAAGAUGACAAGAUUGUGGUUCUGUGGUAUACAGAAAGCCCUCCAAAAAGGGUUCAUUGAUGGUUCAAAAAACAUAUUGUGA